AUGAAGCCCGUUGUAUCUGUGAUGAACGCAUGGGCCUGCGUGGUCAUCUCCCUCUUCGGUAUCGUCAUCCUCUCCGUCCUUGGAUCGCUAUUCAAGAGUGAACACCACGGUUUUACCGGCUCAGAUGGUGAACCGGAAGACGGCGGAGCGGUCGCCGCCUCGAUCUUUACUGCUGUUAUAGUUUACGCCAUGGGCCUCAAAGUCAACUAA